CCCAAAAACAAUGACAGCCUUGAGCAACGAUCAACGGUUUGUGGUGCUGCUACUCAUAGCGGUGGCAAGCGGUGCAUGGUUAAGUAGUGGCACCAAUGCGCAGGCCUUUACCCCUGAAGAUCGCGGCUCGAUACUGAAAUUUAUGGAUGUACUGUUGAACUUUCUCGAUGCCGAUGUGGCGGAUAAUGCGACCAGCACCGAGACUCCCAAUAAUGCCAGCACCACAACAAUAGACGAUGGGGAGAGCACCACCUUGGCGGGCAAUUCGACAACGGACAUCAGCACAGAAACGGAGUCCACAACAGCGGACAAUACAACAGAAAGCACCGCCAGCAGCGAGAGCGAUGAAGUAACGAGUGAGAGCACAACACUGAUACCGAGUGAGACAAUCUUGAGCACAACAACCCCCAGCAGCAUAAGCACCACCACACAAGUUACGGCUGCACCACGUCGCAUUUGCUUUAAGCGGGUUUGCUAUAAGUUUGCGGCUGACAAGGGCUACAUUGUUUAAAUAAAAUUCAAAGCAUUAAGCCAAGCAAUUAA